GUUAUAUGGGAUACCGCUCUUGGAUCAUUAGCGUUGUGUGUCAAGUUUCAUCGUGACUUCUUGUGCCCACUUAGUCCCGUAUAUGCAUACGAAUUCUUGGAUUUAGCACGGCAUUCCAUGUCAUAUCAGGACCUCGAGGUUUCACAACGCGAUAUACUUGCCGCUUUCGAUUUCUGUAUCGGUAGCAUCACACCGCAAGGUUUCAUGGAUGAACUCUGGCUAGCUUUACCUACGCUACGGAAGGCUACAGAACCUGUGAAGGAUGGCUGGAAAUCGGUCCAAGCUGAAAUAUGGGAUAGGCUGUUUGACGCCUUAAUAGAACCUGACGUCCUACAGUUUCCUAUUUCGCUGCUAACUGCCUCUGCCGUGAUCGACGGUCUCAUCAUUGCCAUCGCUCGCUAUUACAAA